AUGGCGUCUAUAUUGACCCUAGCGACCAGGCAUACUCAACUACGCGACGCAGCACUCCGUUUCAGCACCGCUUACAAGAAAGUCACCGGCGGCAGGGCUAUCCUUAUUGGUGGAGGUGCGACCAUCCUGCUUGGACAAAUGGCUCGCCACACAAAGGACCUCGAUUUCAACGUGUCCAAAAUGGCUCCACGCGACGUGAAGGCCCUUAAUGCUGCUGGAAUCUAUGUACGCAGGAUAGGCCACACCUUAGAUCGAUUCGCGGCCACGGUCCCUGAAAGCGAGGAGGAUGCCAAAGACGCGAUUAGCAUUGACCUUGCAGUCCAACGGGACAUCAAUGCCCUCAUACCGUUCACCCGAGAGAUCGAGGGCGUCACUGUCGCCGACGAGCGUCUUCUCAUUGUUCUGAAAAUACAAUGUCUGCCAGAACGCAGCGUAGCUUCGUCCAAGAAGGUGGGGAGCGACUUCGAGGAUGUCAUGUGGUGCGCCAGUCGUCUUCACGAAGAGAACAUUCAGCUCCCCGAGUCACUGAGUAAACAACUCAGUGAGGACGUUAUUCGGAAUUUCUUCGAGGCUGUUGCCCGUCACUCCGGAGGUGACCGCGAGGAUGUUAGCAUGGCGAAAUUCUUUCUCAAGAUGGCAAAAAUCAUCCCAGAGAGCUUCGAGGAUUAG